AUGGGCAGAGUCAGAGGGUUUAGUGUGUUUUCGGUGACCAUUGUGAGUAUUGCGAGCGUGUACAUGGGCAUGAACUUCUUCCGCCCCAUUGUGGUGGAGCAACUGGCGAAGGACGGGAACCUGAGGGAGGACGUGGCCCAACAAGUCGCACAGGAGAAGAAGCUGGAGCAGGAGAGGGAACUGCAAUUGCAGAAAUUACAACAGCUACAGCAGCAACAACAGCAGGAUAUCGACCCAGAUGUGGAUGUUCUUUUACGUGAAGAAUCGUCUUAG